GUAUGCUGUGGAUUCCUCAGUUUUACUGUGCUCAUGAAUGUGUUGUUGAAGCUUUUGAAUAUUACAACUUGAGUCCUCCUAAAGCAACUUCACUUUAGUUAGGAGUUCAGUCCUCAUCAAAAUAUGAACUCUCAUGCUUACCCUUGCUAUCUCAUCACAAUUCACUGAUUCAGCCGGUUAACUGCCCUCUUCAGAAAUCUACUUAAGCCUGCCUCAUCAAGGGGUCCAUAUGUUUUUCCUGUCUUUUAAAAAAUUACCUACAAAGGGUUAAAGGCAUGCAUUGGGCCACACAGACUGUGGGUGAUCUGACUGGGAACAAAUCCUAGGAAACUUGGCUGCCAGUCCAGUCUGCCUCAUGCUCAUUGGUUUGAUGGCUGUGAAUUCACACGGUGCUCAUCAUGCAGACACAACCAGAGGGACAGUCAGUCCCAUUAGCAGGCUGCACUCUUCAGGUUAUGUUUUUCAGAAUACCAUUCUGACCAGUUUUAAACGACCCGUAUUUCGUUAAUGAGAAAAUGACCCAUAGCUUUAUGGUGGAUCUUUUCAUUACAGAUUACAAUAGCAUUUGCUUUCUUGUCUCUGCCUUUGCCAGACAUGGAUUUUGUUUCAGUGCCAUCUUCUUAGCAAGUCCCUUUUGGUUGCUGCUGCUGCUGCUGCUGUUGCUACUGUUAGGGUCUUUAUGGUCUCCAGUGUACUAUCUAAUCUCUGCUGGGUAAGCUCAGCUGCUCUUUGCCUAAACUUUCAGCUAUAUGACACUAAACCUGAAACAGAUGUUGUCUUGGCUGCUGUCAUUUUCUGCGAGUUUCACAUUUUAUGCAAGGCAGGUAUAAAGCAGGUAAUUUGCUGACUGUGCUGUUUUGGAGAAAGAAAAAAUGAGGGGAGAUGGAAUGAGAGGAGAAUGAAUAUAUAAAUUAUAGGAAUAAAACCACAUGGAGACAGAGAGCACAACCACUGGGGCAUCUAUUACCUAACAUCAUAGACUAUAGUUUGGCCACUACUGACUUGCCUGGCAUCCUCCAGAAUCAUUUUUGCGGCCGCCCAGAUUAACUGUGUGAGUUGAUCUCUUGAUUUAAUAUCGGCCUGCUUUUUCAGCUUCUGGGUCAUUUGCUGCCAUUUUAAAGAUGUACUGCUUGUUACUCAGCCAUCUGUGUUCUCAAGAAGCCAUGAUCUGUUAAUUUUCCCCCUUUUUCUUUCUUUCCUUGUCCUUUUGCUAUGGGGAACAGGACUUAGAGAACAUUAACAAAGAAAAUUGAACCACACAGGAAAGGUAGCUGUUCAGAGAAAAGGAGGGAGGGGUGUCUUAUGGUUUGUGCUUUGUAAGCUGUGGGUGUGACUCAAUCUCCUCACCACCCACAUAAAAAGGUUGCCACCCAAUCACUGUUUUUCCCCCCUCUGUCUCAAACCCCUCCCCUUGGAUUUUGGCUGAGAGACCCUAGGAGAGCCUGCCCUUUCUGGACUUUGCAAACUGACAUAUAAAAGCUGUUAGCUGCUUCUGCAGCCAGAAGUAUUCAAACCUUACAGGCUUUUGCUCUCUGGGAGCUUGUAAUAAGACACACUCCUCUUACAAGGUUCAUGCUACAACGUAACAAAGAAUCUUAAGUUGUUGGAGGAACAGUGUAUUCCUUUUGGCAUUUUGCAGAGCAAAGCAAACCUGGUAUCUACUUCAGGUGACCCUCAAAAUGAUAGCAGUUUCUGCAGUCAGCCUUGCGAUCCUUUUGUCCCUUUUCUGUGAAGCAAGUACUGUUGUCUUACUCAAUUCCACUGACUCAUCUCCGCCAACCAAUAAUUUCACUGAUACUGAAGCAGCCUUCAGCGCGCCACUUCAGUCUGCGGAUAUCCCUAAAGCCAGGCGGAAGCGCUACAUUUCGCAGAAUGACAUGAUCGCCAUUCUUGAUUACCAUAAUCAAGUUCGGGGCAAAGUGUUCCCACCAGCAGCAAACAUGGAAUAUAUGGUCUGGGAUGAAAAUCUUGCAAAAUCUGCUGAGGCAUGGGCAGCCACUUGCAUUUGGGACCAUGGACCAUCUUACUUGCUGAGAUUUUUGGGUCAAAAUCUAUCUGUACGAACUGGAAGAUAUCGUUCAAUUCUCCAGUUGGUCAAGCCAUGGUAUGACGAAGUGAAAGAUUAUGCCUUUCCUUACCCACAGGAUUGCAACCCUCGGUGUCCUAUGCGAUGCUUUGGUCCUAUGUGCACUCAUUAUACACAGAUGGUUUGGGCCACUUCUAAUCGAAUAGGAUGUGCAAUUAACACUUGCCAAAACAUGAAUGUCUGGGGAUCUGUAUGGCGACGUGCAGUGUACUUGGUGUGCAACUAUGCUCCAAAGGGUAACUGGAUUGGCGAAGCACCAUACAAAGUAGGAGUGCCGUGUUCAUCAUGCCCUCCGAGUUAUGGGGGAGCCUGCACUGACAAUCUGUGCUUUCCAGGAGUGACGUCAAACUAUCUGUACUGGUUUAAAUAAGCUUAUCCUUUUUUCCCCUCUGGGAGAUACAUUGUUUUUUGGACUCAGAAGCAUAUAUGUAUAUUGAAGUUUGAACAUAUUAUACAUAUUUUAUUAUAAUCCUGUUCUCAUUAUAAUGGUCAGUUGUUUAGUGUUAGUCUAGGGUGUUCAGUCUUAGAUAUAAACAAAGCAUCAUUUUCCAAUUUUCUGACCUUAAAUUUAAAUUAAAAUAUUGUAUAUGUCAUGAUGCCAUAGUUGCUGCAUCCAAUUCCAAAAUCUUCAUUCCAGGGAAACUGUGUUAUUAUGUCCCUAAAGAAUGAAAUGUCUGUUCAAGCUGUAAUAUAUGUGUAUUCAUAGAUAUACACAUGUACAUAUAUAUGCACACAUUUAUAAUGUGUGAUUGGACAUGUAAGAAAAAAUAUUAUGUGAUAGCUAAUAAGGAAAAGUGAAAAAUAUAUUUGGGCUUAUGGAACAGUUUCAGGACCAUUUCCACAAUACUCAUGAAAGCAUAGUUUGCACAUUCAUGAUAUUUGGAAAUAAUUUUGUUAAGCAAUUGUUGAAUUCAUCCUGAAGAUACUUUAUUUGGGUCUACAAAGUGUAUGCUGAAUUAAUGGAAGUUCCCAUAACACAUCUUUUGCUUAGUUUCAUUUUUUUCAUUGAGUAUCUCUGCUAAGUGUUUACUCAACAAUUACUUUGACUAAUUUACUUUUCUGGUUAUGUUCUGAUGAUGCAAUGAUUAUUACGUGUGAUUCUGCCUUUGAGAAGCUAUCAGAUAUGUCCCCAAAACAGGAUAGCCUAGUAACAUUGUUAUAAAUUAUUUUUAACUAAUCAUUUUUCAUGUGUUUUGAGGAACAAACAUAUAACCACUUAAAGGUGUAAUAGAUGAUAAGUGGUGCCGUCUUACAUGUAAAGUGUCUGUUUUCUAUAAAACUCUAAUAUUUAAAUGAAAUAUAGAAGGUGUCUUAGUUAUAGUGCUGUGAAUAGACACCAUGACCAAGGAAGCUAAUAAAAAGAGGGCAUCUAGCUAGGGGCUUGCUUACAGUUUCAGGGGGUUAGUCCAUUGGAAUACGGAGACAGGCAGACAGGAGACAUGGCACGGGAGCAGUAGCUGAGAGUCUAUACUAUGAUCUGCAGGCAGGAGGCAGUGAAAGUGAGACUGGGCCAGACCUGGGUUUCUGAAACAUCACAGUCAACUCACAGUGAUACACUUCCUCCAACAAGGUCACACCUUCUCCAACAUGGCCACACCUCCUGAUCCUUCCUGAACAAUUCACUGUGCAAGACCCUAUACUCAAAUAUGUGAGCCAAAAGAACCAUUGUCAUUUAAACCACCAAACAAUAUAAGAAUCAACAACUGCUCAGAGAUUUCUGGAGCAGAAUAGGUUAGGCUGAACACGAGAUCCUCAGAAUACUGAUGAAGCUAAAGAAAAGUAAGAGCUAUGAAUAAUUAGGAUUAGCAUGUCGGUACAAAAAGACCAGCCAGAAGACUACAGAAGAUUUAACACAUCUUUGGACCCAUUAACAAAAGUUUCAGGAUUUUAUAAAGAAAUGUGUAGGGUUGAGAGUACAUUCAUCUCAGUUUUCCCUGCCAUUAUUUGGAAAAGGUCAAUCUACCUACUAUCUUGAGCUUUUGAAUACCAUAUUCAGAUUGAAACAAAAAUACCACAUGCAGUCAAUUUUGUUAAUAGAGCCCUCAAUGGAAGUUUUCCAAGAACUAAUUAUGAAACUUUAUUUUUUGUAGAAGAGUAAUUUUCAUUUCCUCAUUAAAUUUGUUUAUGAGAAUCAAGUAAAUCAUUACAAAGAUUUCUCUUCUGAGAUUAGGAAAUAACCUGUCUUAAUUUACAAUUUUUUCCAAGGAGGACAAUACACUAUCUGAGCCAAGACAUGGAACAAAUUUUAUUUCAAGUGUGUGUGUGUGUGUGUGUGUGUGUGUGUGUGUGUGUGUGUGUGCGCGCGCACGCGCGCACAUGUGCGCUUGAGUAUAGACUUACAGAGCAAGUAAAUAUAGUCACUUCAGACAGAAAACAACAGGGAGAUCCUUAUUUAAAUUCCAUGAACAGCUGCAGCUUCUUAGGUGAAUGCAUUGAAAGAUGACAGAUAGUUAAUUAGAUCCAUUCAUUGGGAGAAGAAUCCAUCUGGAUACUGGGGCUACUUGAUGACAAACAAAUGGUCCAGUUACUUUUAAACACUGACAAUUGGAACCAAAUGUUUUAUUACUAAGUGGCCCUGCCUUGUGGAAACAUAUAUGGGCCUUAUUUAAAUAAGUAUAUCAGGAAUACAAUAGAGAACAGAAGUAUUAUAUAAUAUGGAGUUGAUCCGAUUUUCUUUUUUUUUAAUUUCAUUUCAUUUCCCUUGAGACAGUCUCACAUAUCCCAGAUUGACCUUAAACUUACUGUGUUGUCAAGAAUGACCCAACUGACUCCUGAUCCCCUUGCCUCUAACUCUGAACAUUGAGUUUGUAGGUGUGUGCUACCUGGUCAUUGGAAGGAACUCCAUUUGGUGAUUGAUACCUGCUUGCCUCACUUAAGAGUGUUUUUAUCCUUAAUGUUACUGAAGUAAAAACUAUAUAAACAGAAGUUUACAACUCUCAUUUCCAGGUUUCUUUCUAGCUUGCAUGGGUAACUGGGUUUCUCAGAUAGAAGGAAUGAUAAUAUUUGAUAUGUAGUUCACAGAUUUGCCUAUAAAGAUUAGUUCAUCAUAUUAACAGAAAUUCAUGAAUAUUAAAAUGAUCACUAUCAGACCUUCUCCUUGGCAUGAACUCCAUGUAAUUCAUUGCAUUUAUCAUAGCAUGUUACACAGUGGCUAUAGUAUAGUAAAUGUUUAGCUCAGUGGAGUAUUUAGAAUUAGUUUAAAAGUUUAAACUUGUGAAAGUUGAAAUGAAUAUCCUGCCUUUCCAUGCUUUUAAAGACCCAAAAUUUUCUAACACAUAAAGGUUUGCAUGUAGCAAACCCUCAAACAAACCAUCAAUGGUAUGAAAUUGAAAUUAGGGUCUGCAGGCUUACAAAAUUACCCUUUCAAAACCACAACAGGACCAGUAGCUUUUUGAUAACAUAACAACUGAGCUGAAAACACAAUGAGUAUAUUUGUUAUUCCGUCUGUAACUUUUAAUGCUGGUAUAUAAAAUGGCUAUGUGAAAUAUUUUCUUUCCUGGACUAAUGCAAAUGAUAGUUUGCUUGCAUCAAUGUACCGUCUUCCGUUUUCACAGGGGUGCUAGGUUAAAGGACUUUCACUGUAAUUCUCAGAGGUGGAACAGGUCUGGUUAUUCCAUACAGACAGCUUUAAAUAGUCAGGAUUAAAGGUUUAAUUUGGAAAGUUCUCAUUAAAAAAUAAUAUGAGUGACAGCAUAGAUGUCCCCCAAUGUUGUUUAUUUAGUAGAAAACUAACAUUUUGCUACAAUAUACUUUUUUGCCUUCAUGUGGGAAAAACAAACUCGAUUUCUUCUACAAAAUUCUUACAAUGAUAGAUAAGCUUGCUGUGAUAACAUAGAAAAUGAGUUAUUAAUACUAAUACUUUUGGUGUCACCAUGGCUCGGCCCUUCAAAGCUUCCCCACAAUUUUGGUCUGUUUCUACUGUCACCUGAACUUGAGAUGUUCAUAAAAAUUUCAUUUCUAAUUUCUACACAUCCCUAGUACAGAGCAGACCAAGAGGAAAGGCGAGUCCAACCAAUAAAGUCUACUCUGAAUAUUUUAAUGAAACAAUAUAUUUCCCAUAUUUUUGCAGUAAAUAAACUCAUGGAGUUUAUACUAGUAAAUACAGUGUGUAUUUAUACCACUUUAAGUGUUUUAGGAUUAUUCAUUGUUUGUUGAAUAAUGCAAAAAUAAAUAGAUGAGCAGUAUAUUUUCCUGAAGGAAAGCAAUGCUGAAACUCUGGGCUGUCUUUUCCUUUAGGUUUCACAGUAUCACAGGAUGCAAAUCUUCACAUAGAUGGAAGGCUUUACCUAUUUAAGUAUUUAGGGGGAAUAAAUUUAUAUUUCUAGUAAUA